AUGAACCGGAUUUGGUAUAAAGGUGAACCGCAAGACGUUGUUUUCUUGAAUCGAUACAUUCAUUCAUUCCAAAAAAUUCUCCCACGGUCUGCCUCAAAUUGGGCCAUAGAGCGCCACGUAAAUGAGCGAUUCGAUCAUGGCCGGUACGGCUUGAAACCGAAACAUCGCGCUCUUCAGGCACAUCCUACUGUGAAUGACGAGUUGCCAAAUCGUAUCGCCAGCGGGACCGUUAUUAUCAAGCCAAACAUUGCUUCUUUUGCGGAGCGCGACGUUAUAUUUGAGGAUGGCCGCACUGUAAAGGAUGUUGAUACUGUAAUUUUUGCCACCGGCUAUUCCUUUGAAUUUGCGAUGCUUGAGGAUGGUAACCUGAUCCCUGUUACUGAUAAUCAGGUCAACUUAUAUAAGUACAUGUAUCCACCGCAAUUAUCGCCAAAGGUUAUUACUUAUUGCGCUCAUUUAUUCAUUUUUACGCGUUUUUGCCGUGCAGCGCUAGAGCGCUGCAACAGGCAGCAAAAAAACAUAUUGCAAUGA